GGUAUUAAAUAGAGAGGGUGAGUGUUGCACGCUAACAAAAAAAAAGAGAGAAAAAAAAAAGGGAAAGUGUUUUGAGAGAUUUUUAACUGCUAGUUUUGGUUUUCUUUAUUUUGUGAAAUCCCCCCCUCUGAUUCUCCCCGCUUCUCUGAAUCCCUUUCUGUUAAUCAUCUGUCUUUCAGGUUCUGAUUUUCGGGUUUGUUUUUGAGAAAAUUUUAUAAAGAAAUGAGUACAAAGCAAACUUAAGAAGGAUUUCUCGAAAGCCAGGUGUUUUCAGAAUCGAGAUCCAGGUUUUUUUUUUAAAUAAUUUUUCCCAAGUUUUUCUCUUUAUUUUCUUGUAUUUUCAGCUGUUUUUUUUUUUUUUUUUCUUAGCUGAAUCAGCUUGGAGGGUUAUUUUUUGGUCCCUCAAGGUUGGUUAUUAGGCCUUUCAAUCGUUUAGGGGUUGUCUAAUUUUAAACCUCUUUGAUCUUUCUUUCUUUCUAAAAAAAACCUGUUCUUGAACUUGUUCAAGUACGGGUGGGUUGUUUUUUAAAUCUUGAUUUUUAAUAAUCCUAGUUGAAAAUUUUAGCUUCUGAAGCAUGGCAGCUAUGACGGAUUUACACAGUAGCAGACAUCCUCAGUCAGCCCCCUUUGGGGGUGAGCUAAUGGAAGCACUUGAGCCUUUUAUGAAAAGUGCUUCCUCUUCAACUACGCCUUCUCCUCCUCCUUCUCCUUCUUCUUACCCUCCUUUUUCCUCUUCUUUACCCCCUCUUCCCUCUACUUCUUACAAUUACCUAUCCUUUUCUUCUUCUUCUUCUUCUUCUUCUUCUGCCUCUCAACAGCAGGCCUUUUUGUACCCUGAUAGUUGCUCCACGUUGACUACCCUUCCAUUUUCGACAGGGUUCUCGAUCCAAGACUUCACUGGUCUUCAGCAUUCAAUUGGGCUCAAUCAGCUUACCCCCACCCAGAUUCAUCAGAUCCAGACUCAGGUUCACCUACAGAACCAAAAUAGUUUCCCUUUUCAGAAUAACCAGAAUCAGAAUCAACAUACCCUCAAUUUUUUAGGUCCCAAAUCCAUCCCCAUGAAGCAAGUAGGCUCACGAAAACCCACCAAACUCUACAGAGGAGUAAGGCAGCGACAUUGGGGUAAAUGGGUGGCCGAGAUUAGACUUCCCAAGAACCGUACCCGACUCUGGCUCGGUACUUUCGACACAGCCGAGGAGGCGGCCUUAGCUUAUGACAAGGCAGCUUACAGGCUCCGAGGUGACUUCGCGAGGCUUAACUUCCCCACCUUACGCCACCAAGGGUCCCACAUCGAAGGCAAGUUUGGCGAAUACAAGCCUCUCCAUUCCUCAGUUGAUGCGAAGCUGCAAGCUAUCUGUCAAAGCUUAGCGGAAUCGCAGAAACAAGGAGGAAAAGCUGAGAAGCAAUCUCCGAACAAGAAGAAAGCCCAGGUGGGGACCACUCCGGUGAUAGCAGCGGCUAAGGAAGACGAGUCACGGCAGGAAGUUACUCUGGUUAAGUGUAGCAAGGUUGAGACACCUUCCUCCGUGUUGACACAGAGCGAAGGGUCAGGCGGAUCUUCUCCUUUGUCAGAUCUCACGUUUCUGGAUUUGGAAGAGGCACCGUUGGAUGUUGAUUCUGGAAAUUUCAAUUUGCAGAAGUGCCCAUCUUAUGAAAUUGAUUGGGCUUCUCUUCUAUCCUAGAUUAGUGAUGUUAUCUGUUAUCUUUGUUUUUGUUUUCUCUGACGUCUUAGGUUUAGGUAUUUGGUGGCUGCAAUGAAGUUUUUGGCAGUUGCAGUGCCAGGGCAUAAGUUUUCAAUGUCUGUAGUAGUACUAUUAGGGUAAAUAAGGUUGAUGUUCAUGUGAAUCUAUCUGCCUCCAUGGUUAGCUGUUCUUUUUAUCUCUGGCUUAGCCAUGGAGAAUUUGUACUUGUUGGUGUUCAUAUUAGUAUUGUAAUAGUAUUCCAUUGCUAGAAACUUCUUUAUUAUAUUUUCAAUGUAUAAUUCGACUUUUCCUUC